AUGGCCCUUUACCACAUCGGAACACGAUCAUCCAAGGACUCGACCUUCUCGGGCUUCCACACCAUGGACAGCCCAGAGGCCCGCAAGCUCCUCAACGAGAAACUGGAGCAGUUCGCGCACGCAAGAGGCUCUGGCAGCCAUAAGGACACCCACAGCGACGACAAACCACCCUCCCGCGACUUUUCCUGGAUCCUGGCCGUUCGUGCCGUCCAGCAGCAUUUGGCCGAACAGGUCAAUCGUGCACGCAGCAAUGCUGCAGCUAGGGGUCCUAAAGGUACGUCUCUCCCGUCUAACUCUCAAGCUGUCGUGGACAGCGAGCUCACCCUAGUCGACACGAAGGCCAAAUACCCUCCCGAUGCCCGUGUUUUUGAAGAACUUGCCAAGGACGCGCCGGACUGUCAGAGCGUCCUGGCAAACCUCUACUGGAGGUCAGUUCGGCAAGCCCUCGUGUGGGACAUCUUCCAGUUGCUCCUGCACGAGGGACUUGUUGACUGGAAGUGCCUCACGAGGCCGAUUUCGAUCCCCGUGUCAACCCAUGACACGGAUGUGGUGAGUUCAUUCCUCACCUGCUUCCCGGAGCUCGACAUGCAGCUACGGUUCCCCGCCGACCCCACUGACCCCCAAAUUCCUCUCCAGAGCCAAACCGAUCAAUGGCUGAGUGACGUUGAAUGGCUAGCGACCAUCAUCGUCCGGUGCGGGACCCCCCUCGCUGAUGUCGUCACUGUACUCGAAAAGAGUACGCUCGUUGACGACGUCGACAGGACAAGGUCCUGGUUCUGGGAGGCGGCCCACCCAAACUUCCGGAUCAUCUUCAAGUGGCCGCAAGAGCGAGCCGGUCCGGAAAAUGAGUAUGGAUACGCCCACGCCCCCAAGGACGUCAACACCUUGGGGUUCUGGCUUCCCCAUGGUCUUAGCAAGGACCAUUGCAAUGAGCAAGUUAGAGAUUGCCUUGCUCGGGGAGCGGCCAUUGAGAAGGCAUACCGUGAGGCCAUGGCGCCAAACCUCCCAGACGGCCUCGUCGCGAUCGACUUUACCGGCAUCGACCCGGCAGUCCUGGACCCCAGCGAGUCAGAUAAGGAUGAGAGCCUCAGCUCUGAGGAAAAGAACGAAUGUCAGGAACCACAGGAUUCUACGUAG